CAACAGCCAUCCGAUCCACCCAUCUCUCACAACACAUAAGCCACUAGCUACCACUGCCAUUAAAUUUCUAGAUUGCGGUGGUGCCCCUCUUUCUCAAUGUUAGAAAAUUCCAUUUCAUUUUCCUCGAGUCUGAAUCUCCAACCCUCCUUCUCCUACCUUGGUAAGCCAUUUUUCCUGAGCUGUUUGCAGUACACUAGUGCAGAUGAUAAUUUACAGUUGCCUGUUUAUUGCAUGGCCGUAAUUUAAGAUCAAUUGAUUGUUAGAAGAGGAUUGAACUAUAUUUCCAUAGCUGGAUUGAGUGUCUGUUUUCUUUCUAGUUAAUAGCUUUACAUUGAUGAAGAAAUAGCACACCACGGUUAGAGUUUUUUGUGUUUUUUUUUUUUUUUUUUUUUUUUUCUUGGGUAUGUGAUGGCUGCUUCAUUGCUCAAUGGAGCUGAGAAUCUCAAAUUCAGUAGUGGUAUAACACCAUCAAGGCUAGGCUAUGUAGGGUCAGAUUUCCAUAUUAGUUGCUUACCCAAGAAAAAUUUAUUAUUCUACAAUAGGAAUACCCAAAGCUCCAGAAUCUUAGCUCCUAGUUGCAGUAUGUCAUCCUCAAGGCCUGCUUCACAGCCUAGGUUCAUACAACACAAGAAAGAGGCAUUUUGGUUCUAUAGGUUCUUGUCUAUUGUGUAUGAUCAUGUCAUAAACCCUGGUCAUUGGACUGAGGAUAUGAGAGAUGAGGCACUUGAGCCAGCUGAUCUUAACAAUAGGGGUAUGACAGUGGUAGAUGUUGGUGGUGGUACUGGGUUUACUACUUUGGGUAUUGUUAAGCAUGUGGAUGCCAAGAAUAUCACAAUUCUUGACCAGUCACCUCACCAGCUUGCAAAGGCUAAGCAGAAGGAGCCCUUGAAGGAAUGCAAGAUAAUUGAAGGAGAUGCAGAGGAUCUUCCUUUUCCUACUGACUAUGCGCAUAGAUAUGUGUCUGCUGGGAGCAUUGAGUACUGGCCGGAUCCACUGCGCGGCAUCAAGGAAGCAUACAGGGUACUGAAAAUAGGAGGAAAAGCCUGUAUUAUAGGUCCUGUGUACCCAACCUUUUGGCUGUCUCGCUUUUUUGCUGAUAUGUGGAUGCUCUUCCCUAAGGAAGAAGAGUACAUUGAAUGGUUUAGAAAGGCUGGGUUUAUACGUAUCGAAUUGAAAAGAAUUGGCCCAAAAUGGUACCGUGGUGUUCGUCGGCAUGGGUUGAUUAUGGGUUGCUCUGUAACUGGAGUUAAGCCAUUUUCUGGAGAUUCUUCCCUGAAGCUUGGUCCAAAGGCUGAGGAUGUGAGAAAGCCAGUAAAUCCUUUUAUGUUCCUUCUGCGCUUCAUUCUCGGGGCCAUAGCAGCCACGUACUUUGUGCUGGUUCCCAUCUACAUGUGGAUCAAAGAUCAAAUUGUUCCAAAGGGCAUGCCCAUUUGAAAUGAGCAGAAGCAUGGGAAUCAAUUCAUUGAUUACCAUUCUGCAGUUGUUUCAGAAUGAUUAAUUGUGGUUAUAGCACUGUGUUAUGUGUCAUAGAAUAGGAUUAAGUCAUUGGCCGUUGAACAGGGUAAUCUCCGUCAAUGUUGGAUGGGUUGCCUUUGUUGGUGUUUCGGCCUUUCCUUGAAUGACCUAUGGUGGAAGGAAAUGAGAGCUCUUUUGAGGGAGCUUUGAGAACCUCUUGCAAUUUGUAGUGAAAUUCUGCUUAUUUUAUUCA